GUCCGAAGGAACGAUGGCUGCGUCAUCAUGUGCCUUUGCCACCCCUAAACCCGAUUAUCGACAGCAUCUCUCAACCAUCUUUCUGAUUCGGCGAAUAAUGUCGAUCAUAGUAAGCCACUAGUUUUAAAGCUUCCCCGGAUAUUGUGUUCCCCCUCAUUUUACUUAAGAGCUACUACUGGCCGCUUCGAAGUCCAGACAUGAAUCCAAUUGUCACGCUAUGCGUGCAGACCCUAUCGUUGCCCAGCAUCUCGGAGAUGAUCAGCCGAAAGAGAACGGAGAUCGUACAGCUCCCCUGUCGCAAUCACAACUCUCCACGGAUGCAUAAUUUUACGCGGAAUUGUUGAGAACACCAAGGGAGACGGGGAAUGGAGAAAUGGCGAGACUAUGUCCUGUUCUGGGGCCUUUAUCUGAUUGCCCUGGUUUUCAUGGCCCUUCGCGUUGCCUCGAGAAUCUCAAUUCGUGAGCGUCUGAAAGUUGACGAUUACUUCGCCUUUUCGUCAUUCGCGCUCCUGUCGGUUGAGACAGCCAUCCACACAGCCGCAGUUUCACCGUAUAUCGACGCGUUUAACGAAGCGCAAAACAGUACGGAUUUCGGGCAAGCUCUAUCGGAAAGUCCAGCUUUGAGAGAAAAUGUGGCAGUGGUGCUCCGAUACUCUUUUGCCUCCCUCAUCAUCUUUUGGCUUACGGUAUGGUGCGUGAAGUUUUCGAUGCUUUUCUUUCUUCGGCCAAUUAUGAUGCCAAUCCCAGUUUAUCUGGAAGGCUGGUAUAUCGUGCUCGGCUUCACGGUAAUGAAUCUCGUCGGAUGUUUUCUUAUACAAUUCUUCGGAUGCCUGCCUUUCGGGCUUAACUUCUCAGUCGACAAUGAUAACUGCGUUUCCGGCAACUCCAGGGAGCCAGGCAAGCUCUAUGGCACGACAGCCUUAGACACGCUAUCUGACGUUAUGAUCGUCAUCCUCCCAACUCGACACCUCUUCGAACUCCCGGCAACAAAAAAACAGAAAGCGGGUCUUGUCGUAAUAUUUGCGCUGGGAUGGAUAAUUGUAACAUUCUCCUUAUACCCAUCUAUUACAGAACUAUUGGCGAUGAGGUUGGCCUCUGACAAAGCUCAUCAGAUCGCAUUUUCACUUGUCCGAGCAAUCCAUGCCUCGAGGGCAGGCAACAAUAUCCUCGGCCCAAUAAAUCAACGCUGGCUCGCAAUCUGGAGCCAUGUGGAAUGUGUGGUUGCGGUGACUGUGGCUUGUCUUCCACCAAUAUGGGUUGGUUAUCGGAAACGUUGGAGGAGAGCACAUGAAUCCUCGAUGCCGUGACGAUCAGCACGUGUUGUAUAUGCUGUGUGACCGCCUCACGCACUUGUCAAACUUUGAUGGUGUAAUGUCCAAUACAUAUUACAGAACAGGUCAACGUAAAUACACUGAUACUAAUCCGUUGGUCGGUAACAUCAAUCCAUCUAUAACAUGUUAUUGCCAGAGUUCAUACAUUGAAAUGCAUGCAAAAAAAA